UUCUCAUUGGCUGCAUGAGCAAAGCCUGGUUGCAGCCAAUCAGCAGGAGCCAAUCCCGCCCAGGGAAGGGAUAAAAAGGGAAGAGUCGUUGCGUCAGUGAGAUUUUCUCAGCCAAGUCCUAGAAGGAGAGGUUGAAGUUUUUUAGGCGCUAAAACCAUGUCUGGCCGCGGGAAGCAGGGAGGUAAAGUCCGAGCGAAAGCCAAGUCGCGCUCGUCGCGGGCCGGGCUGCAGUUCCCGGUGGGCCGCGUCCACCGGCUGCUCCGCAAAGGCAACUACGCGGAGCGGGUGGGCGCUGGAGCUCCCGUCUACAUGGCGGCCGUGCUGGAGUACCUGACGGCCGAGAUCCUGGAGCUGGCGGGCAACGCGGCCCGCGACAACAAGAAGACGCGCAUCAUCCCCCGCCACCUGCAGCUGGCCAUCCGCAACGACGAGGAGCUCAACAAGCUGCUGGGCAAGGUGACCAUCGCGCAAGGUGGGGUGCUGCCCAACAUCCAGGCCGUGCUGCUGCCCAAGAAAACUGAGAGCCAUAAGGCUAAAAGCAAAUAAGUUCAGCGAACAAAGCUUGGACUUUUUGCAACAUAUCAUCAAACCCAAAGGCUCUUUUCAGAGCCACCCACACAGUCAUAAAAGAGCUGGGUCGUCUUACUUACUGAAGUGUUUUGAUGUUUCUUUAAUGCUGCUUUUAUUAGAGAACUGAAUCUGCUGUGGUAAUGUCUUAAAAUUCUUGGUUCCUAUCCAACUUUGUAACCUGUUUUUAUUAAAGAGUACUAGUUAUAUUUGUAAUGAUA